AUGCAACUAAGAACAAGCUGUGCAGAUGGUUAUAACAGGAUUAGUGUUUCAAGCACUCCUAGUUGUUCAAAUCCUACUUCUGGACCUGAUGACAUAGAAUCAUUAGGAGAUGUUUACCUUUGGGGAAAAGUCUGUUGUGAUGGAACUUGUAACAAUCAAUCUGCAAAUGGUAAAAAUGAUGUCUUAACUCCUAAACCAUUGGAGUCAAAUGUAGUCAUAGACGUACAAAAAAUUGCUUGUGGUGUUCAACACAUUUCACUUCUAACAAAACAAGGUGAGAUUUUCACUUGUGGAGAGGAAUCCGGAGGUAGGCUUGGUCAUGGAACAGACCGACAUCAUGGUCGCCCUCGCCUUGUAGAAUUCCUUUCGGUCUCCAACAUUGACUCGAUUGCAUGUGGUGAGUUUCACACAUGCGCUAUAUCUAACUCUGGGGAUUUAUACACGUGGGGAGAUGGGUCCCACAAUGCUGGACUUCUUGGUCAUGGAACUGAUGUCAGCCACUGGAUUCCAAAACGAGUUUCUGGACCUUUAGAAGGAACUCAAGUCACAUCGGUUGCUUGUGGAAAUUUUCAUUCAGCCUUAUCAACCAUCGAUGGAAAGCUAUUCACAUUUGGAGAUGGAACUUUUGGUGCUUUGGGACAUGGAGAUCGCGAGAGUGUACAUUUCCCAAAAGAGGUUGCAUCUUUAAGUGGACUCAAGACUAUAAAAGUUGCAUGUGGUGUAUGGCAUACUGCGGCAAUUGUAGAGAUUAUAAACAAUCAAACCGGACACUCUACGUCUAAAAAGCUAUUCACAUGGGGUGAUGGUGAUAAAUAUCGAUUAGGUCACGAAAGCAAAGAAUCUUAUACAGAACCAACAUGUAUAGCAGCUUUAAUUGAUUAUAACUUCCAUCAAUUAGCAUGUGGACAUACUAUGACUGUAGGCCUUACAACAUCCGGUCAUGUCUUCACUAUGGGUAGUCCUGCGCAUGGUCAACUCGGUAACCCACAAGCUAAUGGAAAAUCUCCUUCCAUGGUGCAAGAUAAAUUAGUAGGCGAAUUUGUUGAAGAAAUCGCAUGUGGAGCAUACCAUGUUGCUGUGUUGACAUCAAGAAGUGAAGUGUUCACAUGGGGAAAAGGUGAAAAUGGAAGACUAGGACAUGGGGACAUUGAUGAUCGAAACACACCAACUUUGGUUGAAUCGUUUAAAGAUAGGAUUGUGAAAAGUGUGUCGUGUGGUGCGACUUAUACUGCGAGUAUUUGCGUUCAUAAGUGGGCUGUAUCUGGAGCAGAUCAAUCAGUUUGUUCUGGAUGUAGACAAGCAUUUGGUUUUACAAGAAUGAGACGUAAUUGUUUCAAUUGUGGGCUUGUGUAUUGUCAUGGUUGUAGCUCCCGAAAGGCUUUGAGAGCAGCAUUGGCUCCAAUUCCAGGAAAGCCUCAUCGUGUUUGUGAUUCUUGUUAUGCAAAGCUUGCAAAAGCCGCUGAAUGUGAUAAUAAUAAUAGUAGUAAUAAUAAUAAUGUCGCUAAUUUCAACAAGAGGCUUAGUACUCGAAACCACAUGGAUGGGAGUAGGUUGAGGACUUCAAGGGUUCUGAUUUCCCCCACUAUGGAACCGGUUAAAUACCAUGAAGUGAAAUCAGGGAAAUAUGGAUCGAAAUCUGAUUCUUAUUCGAUUGUAAGAACUUCACAAGUUCCAGCGUUUCAGAGUUUAAAGGAUGUUGCAUUUCCGAGUUCACUCAGUGCUCAUCAGAAUGCUUUGAGAUCUGGUUCACAGUUUCCACCACGUCCAAGAAGAUCUAAUUCUCCACAAUCUGGUGCUCCUAUGUUCUCGAGGGGUGUGAUUGAUGGUUUUAAGAAGUCAAAUGAUGUUUUGAGCCAAGAAGUGUCGAAAUUGCAAAACCAUGUGAGACAUUUGAAGCAUAAAAGUGAAAAGCAAGAUGCAGAUAUUAGAAAGUUGCGAAAUGAUACUAAACACGCUGAGUCAUUAACUGCAGCAAAAGCUGCCAAACGCACCAUUGCUGUGGAUGUCUUCAAAUGUAUCACAACUCAGUUAAACGAAUUGACAGAAAAACUGCCACCUGAAAUCUCCGACGAUGAAACCUUCAAAGCGUUGACAGAUAAAGUCAAUAACUACAUCAAAACCCACGGAAAUGAUACAUCUUUCUCAAGUUGUUCUUGCUCGCAAUCAGAUCAGCCUGAAGCAAGUCGUACUACCAGUAAAGUCACAAGAAAAAAAUAUCAUAAAAUCGAUGAAAACGAAGAUCUUGAGGAGCCAAAUAAAUCGACACAGAAUGUUGAUGGAUCCCAAGAUACAUCACAAAAUGCUGACAUUCCUCCACAAGAAAACGAUGAAGCUUCAACUAGUAAUAACACAGGAAGUCAGAAAAGCAUAGAAGGUAGUUCAAGAGUACAUAAGCAUGUAAAGAGUGAGGGAGUCAAUGAAGUUAUUGAACAAUUUGAAUCUGGUGUUUAUGUAACCCUACUCCAACUUCCAGAUGGUACGAAAAUAUUCAAGCGGGUUAGAUUCAGUAAAAGGAGGUUUGCAGAGCAGCAGGCAGUAGAAUGGUGGAAAGAAAACAAGGUCAGGCUGCUUAAAAGGUAUAGUCCGGCGAAGCCACGCAACACUUCAAGUGCACCGCCACCUCCGACGGAAAAUAAUGAGGAACCACCACCAUCUACUUAACUCGGUUUGGUUUCUGUAAGGGACUUGAUAAUUAUGUGAAACUUUGAUCUUUACUGUGAAUGCGAGAUCUCAAAAGAGACUAGACAAAUUUGUUCUUUGAACAGACUAGUGAUUUACUUUUUUUGAUAUGUUGGUUGUAAAGAUAGACUUUGAUAGGAUUUAAAUGAUGUAAUUAAAUCAAAAUAUUGAAAAUAUAAACCAAAUAAGUUGUUUGUUACAAAUUGGAAUAAAAGAG